CGAAUAAUUAAUAAGUCUUGCACCAUGUCUAGAAAAUUAUUUUCUUUUUUCAUGGUUUUGGUAGUUCUCUUCUCAGUAUUAUUGAUUAUUCCUAAAACUGAGGCACAAAAGAGAUGCAGACAAGAACUAGAGCCAGGAAAGCAAUGUGUGUUGGCAAACUGUAGGGAACUGUGUUUCAAAAAAUUGAAAGGAUUCGGGAGUUGUAUUGAGAAGCCACCAGGCUCUGCUAAGUACACAUGUAAUUGUUUUUACAAUUGUGGUCCACCUGGAGUUUUUUAGAACGCUCGAUAAUUUAAACUCAAUGAAACAUUAGUAUAAAUUUCUAUGAAUUACAAAAUGAAAAUUUCUCUUUAAAUUACAAAAAUGUAAUAGUUUAAC